AUGGGACCUCCGUCUAAACCCGCAGAGAGACCUCUCAAGGAGUCAGAUUACGACGUGAGCGACUCCCUCGCAGGAACAGGUAUCAACAUUCGUGAGGAGGAGAGUAACUUGGCAGAGUAUUAUGCUGGAACAUAUGGACACGACGCAAAGACUGGUUUUCCAGUAAACGCUCCGGGAGAUCGAGGCUCAUUCUUUGGCUCUGGGCUUGCCAAUCAGACAGCCCAACCCGGAAAAGAUGUGAACCAAAAGGUGGCUGAAGCCGCUGCUGCUGAACGGGCCUGGAAUGAGUCUGCUGUCCGUCUCGCGACUCAGAGAGCGCAGGAACAGAACAAUCGUUUCCUGCAGUUUGCGACAGUUCAUUUUAAAGCAGACAAGAUUGCAAAGGAAUAUGGCUUAACCCUUAAUCUUGAUCAGAAGAAUCCUCAAGGACCGGUCAAGGCAAGAAACGUGAUGGACUACCCUCCGCCGAAGGUUACCGUUCAAACAAGCGUUGGUCCUGACGGUGCCAUGGUUGCAACGUACGGCUCAAUACUGCCCCCUGAAGCUUACCUGAUUGACCAGCUUGCGCUCUUGUCCUUGGCCGCGAAGCAACGCAUUCGUGAGCUUGUCGAGGAUGCUGACAAGAUUGCGACUACACGUCAACAGACCUCACACGGUGCUGUUCCAGCUGAAUGGGCUGAUGCUGCUGCUCCCUUGACCGGUAUUGACGCUGGCCUUGCAAGUGAAGCCAGCCCUCGAACAGGCGUGGAGAGUGCGGUCAGCCCCCGGACGAAUCCACUGAAACGCUCGUUUGAAGCCAGCCAGAGUCAGAAUUCAGCUACUGAGGCAAAGGCGACACAGAAUGCUGCCAACUACUUGGCCCAGGCCAUGAGAGAAAUUGGUAAAGCUGAUCGUGAUGCCGAGGAGGCACGUCUGCGCAAGCGUCAAAAACGCCAACAAGGGGAUGUGUCUACUGCGCCUUCACGCGCCGGAUCAGUUGCGCCCGCAACUCCUGGUUCUGUGGCGCCGGAGCCGGAGAAAGCACCAACCAAGAAAGAGCUCAAAAAGAAUGCCCAGGCUAAGCUCGCUGAUGCGUCGAAUGCUGCCAACGUCAACAGAACGACCAUGGCCUUCCUUGGCGGCAUGGGCAAGAAAAAGGGCAAGUCCUACAGCUGGAUGUCCGGAGGAGGCGCGAGCGGCGCGAGUACACCAUCCAAGAUUCAGACCCAGGGACUUCCUGGCACUCCUGGAGCUACUCCCAGUGCCAAGGCACCCGAAGACACCCGUUUGACUCAGGAGGGGAGACAUAAAUUGGGCACGUGGAGAGAGUACAGCGAGAAGGGUAAGAACGUCCAGCUGCGAGACUGGGUCGUUGUCCUUGAGCGAGAUGGGAGAGAGAAGGCUGCUCUACAGUUUGCCUAUGACAAAUUGGACGAGUCGGAGCCCAAAUAG